AUUCGUUUCAAUAUGGCUGCCAUGCUGGUGCAAGGGUCGAAGUGUUUACCAAGAUAUGUGGGUAGAUUGACACUUAUAAGAAACUCGCCAUGGAAAAGAAAGAUCACUAGCCUGGCUAAAGAGAAGAAUCCUCUUUUAAAUGCAUCAAGACAGGCAGCAUCAUUGAAACAGUGUGAAAACUGGGAACUACUGCAAAAUGUUUCGAAGCUUCCACUCGGCUCAGGAAGUAGGCAUAGAUUCCAUCAAUCAACAGUAUUUUGUGACGAAUUUAAGAUAGUCAACACACCAGCAUUUGCAGAGUCUGUUACGGAGGGAGAUGUCCGUUGGGAAAAGGCUGUUGGGGACUAUGUGAAAGAAGAUGAUGUUAUCUGUGAGAUUGAGACAGACAAGACAUCCAUCCCUGUGCCUAGUCCAGCAGCAGGUUUUGUGGAGGAGCUUUUUGUUCCGGAUGGAGAACGGGUAGAGCCUGGUCAACAACUCUUCAAGCUCAAACUUUCUGGCGAUGCACCAGCUGCAGCUGCUGGUGCAGAAAAGGUGGCAGCCGAACCUGCCCCUGCAGCUACAAGUGCACCUGAAGCAGCAUCUGCAACAGGAAGUGGUCCUAUCCCCACUACCCCUCCUCCAGUACAGCCCCUUCCCUCCGCCCCAACGGCAUCUGUCCCUGUGGCUGCCAUCAAACCCACACCAGCCGCUCCCCAAAGCACUGGAGCACCACGCGGAGGAGGAAGGACAGAAACUAGGGUGAAGAUGAACAGAAUGCGCCUGAGGAUCGCAGAACGUCUGAAGGAUGCACAGAAUACAUGUGCUAUGUUAACAACCUUUAAUGAGAUCGACAUGAGCAACAUAAUGGACAUGAGAAGUUGUUACAAAGAUGCCUUCCAGAAAAAGUAUGGCAUGAAACUAGGAUUUAUGUCGGCUUUUGUGAAAGCCUCUGCUUUUGCACUGGAAGAUCAACCUGCUGUGAAUGCAGUUAUAGACGAUAAGGAAAUUGUGUAUAGAGACUACAUAGACAUUUCUGUAGCUGUUUCUACACCAAAGGGUUUGGUGGUGCCGGUGUUACGGAAUGUGUCGAAUAUGAACUAUGCUGAUAUAGAAUUAGAAAUAGCUGCUUUAGGAGAAAAGGCUCGGACUGGUGCUUUAGCAAUAGAAGACAUGGAUGGAGGCACAUUUACCAUCAGUAACGGGGGAGUGUUCGGCUCUCUGUUCGGGACUCCAAUCAUUAAUCCCCCACAAUCAGCUAUCUUAGGCAUGCACCGGAUCGACCAGAAGGCUGUAGUCAUCAAUGGAAAGAUCGAGAUCCGCCCAAUGAUGUAUGUUGCCCUUACUUACGAUCAUCGACUGAUAGAUGGAAGAGAGGCUGUCACAUUCUUACGGAAAAUCAAAUCUGCAAUCGAGGACCCACGCGUACUACUCCUUAACUUAUAGCACUGUAAGAUCGUAUAGAAACUUUUAAAACAUAAGCUGACAUUAUCCAUGAUGGAAAUAUAUGGACAAGUUUUUAUGAGGUGGUUCAGCUACAAAUCAAGUCUUGUCAUAGACCUGAAUGUCUCAGUUUUUCAGUGUCACUUGAGUGUGCAAGACUGAUCACUGUGAAUUGGUACGGGAUAAAUAUUUUUGCGAUUAUUCUCAAAUAAGAGGCAUUUGUGAAUAAGUAAUUUAUUUAGACACAAUUAAGUAUGAAACAUUACAACUAUCCUAGUAAUGUUGUUCCAGUAGUGGGUCUGUUUGUGAAGAAGAUACCAAGAAGUGAAAAUAUGACAAUUCCUAUUGUGGUUAAAUGGAGUUUUGCUCUACACACAGUAAAAUGUUAUAGUUUAACAUAAUUCAUUACCCAAAAGCUUAAACUGGAUAUCAGAAAGUUAUUUUGGUGUUUUAAAGACAAGUUUAAUGUAGAAUUUCUGUUUUUAUCUCGGAUGAUCGGAGACAAAAUUUGAAGUAUUGCAUUUCAGAGAAAUACUAAAAAAAAUAUCAAUAUUUUUAUUCCUAUGUUGAAUUGACUUUACGUCUGUCAGAGUCAUUUUCAGUAUAUAAGAGGGUGAAGUAUGCACAGGGUCUACAUUUUAUGUAGGCAUGUUUGGUGCUAUAACACUAGGUGAAAUCUUAAAUCGAAAUCAGUCUAAUAAAUGUCAUUUUAUUGAUACAAACAUUUAAAGACAACUAUCUCAAAUAAAGAUCUGCAAAUUGUAUUAACUCUGUUUCUGUAGUAAAACUGGCAUAUAUAUAUUGUAUCAUUUCAAAUAGUGUACAUUUUUUUUCUGUUACCCUUAUCAAACUUGCUACAAAGCAUAACAUUAUUAGUUCAUACUAAAGUUUAGUUAGCAAUUGACAAAAAAGAAAAAAAAAAAAAAAAAUGCAGUGGCCAUUUUAUAACAUAGUUGGACAAUCAUAGUUUAAAGAACAGAUUUUUUAAACUUUAAUAAUUUAGUGGUAUCAAUGAAGGAUCCCAAGAUAGUCCUGACCAUGUGUUGUUUUUGCCAGGACAACAAUACUGCACUAUUGUUCUCAAUACCACUUAUACUGUUACUGAGUUUGUAUACUACACUAAUACUAGGGUCUUGUUGGUCAGAUGACUUUUAAGGCCCCAUGGGCCUCUUUUCUGUGUAGCAUUUUUGGUAUGUACUCUAGUAAAGACACAUAAAAACUAUUGCUGUUUUGAAAGUCUUUAUUACACCUUAUGCCCAAAUAAGGGCAUCUGCCAUUUCAAAUUAAAAACCUUCUAAUGAAAAUCUACCCAAAAUCCUAGAUAAUCUAAGAUGUGACCUAUGUAUUCCGAUAUCCUCUGUCAUCUUUUAUUGUACUUUUUUUGUACUUAUGGGCAUUUAUAUAUUUCAAGGCUUAUUUCAGAUUUCCAUGUGUUUUCUCAAGCAGGGAGCUAAAAUUAUUGAAAGAUCUGAAUGAAGAGAAAUGUAAUACAUUGUUCCUCAGAUAAGGAGUGGUUCUACAGCAUUUUAUGGUCAAACGUAUAAUGUUGGUGUCACAAGUUUGUGGAUGAUGACUACAUUAUUAUUCUUAGUAGCCAAAAAGUUACUAAAAACUACAUUGUGCUGAUAUCUAUUGUCAUUGAUUUUGCAUAAUCUUCAAAUAUGAUUUUAUUAAUUCAAAAUUAGCCGUGUUGAAGGAAAAUUGACACGAAAGCACCAUCAUUUAAAGUGAAAAAUCAGUUUUUAUAAUUUUGUUCUGUAAUGGCCUGUUAGUGUAAAAGAUUCUAACUUGAGGAAUACAUGGUGGUAUGUAUCAUGUUUUCUUAGCCAAUCACAAAUUCAGAUUUGAAUCUAGGUGAACAUAGAUAAAUGUAUAUGGAUGUUUGUUGUAGGCUUUCUGUAUUUAACAGAAUGACAAAAUAUAUUUAUUCUUCUUUUGUUCACGUUUUCAUUUGUUGUUUCUACCUCUGUUAUAUAUUGAAUUUUUAUUUUCUGACAAGAUUUCAAAUUCUUUUGAUUGCUGUACCGUGUCAUUGCAAUGAAAUCUCUGAAAAUGUUUGGUACUUAAACCACAGUAUUAAUGGACAGCAGGGCAGGAUAGUGUAGCUGGUAUAGUGCUAUGAUGAUUUGAUGCUGGAUAAUUGGUUACUAUAUGAAAUCCUCCAUUUUGUGGAGAGACACCAACCUACAAUAAAACCGAGCUUUACCCGGA